AUGAAAAAAGACAAUGUUCAGUUUAAAUAUCUGCAGCUCAUUAAGUGGUCCCACCACCACUGUUGCCACCACUGGACUGAGCUCUGCUUCAACCAGCACUAUCACCACUACCUCCAUCAACAUCCCUACCACCAGCUCCACCACCACUACCGCCACCACCCCCAUUACCACCGUAACCACCUAGCCAAGCUGGAGGAACAGAAUGUGGGGAAAGACAAGAAACAGGAUGGCAAAGAAAAGACUCUCUUGCAGAUAACCACCAAGCUUAACACUGCUUUAAAAGUGUAUUGGAAAUCAAAAGCAUGGAAAAAGAAAACGCUUCGUUCAAAGAAUAGGACCUCAAUUGUAACCAAAAGAAAACGUUUGAGAAAGAGAAAGAAGAGGUUAUUAGAUAAAGACCGUGAUCAGAAGCAGGCCUCUAAGCGAGUGAUCACAUUUCCCUGUUCCAUAUGCAAUAAUGAACUGGACCUACCUAGCAUUUUCCCCCAUCAGAGACAACACAAAGCUCUGACUUCCUUGGGGUUUCAUUCUUUGAUUGAGCCGAAACCACAGCGACCAGAGUUCAUUACUCAGAGAAAUGUUCUAAUUAUGAAACUAUUGUCUUAUUCUCUGUUCAAUGAAAAAGCUCUACAGAGCAUUAAUGAUGCAUUUGAGCUACUAUGGAAGAAAAGCAUACCAGCAUAUUAUAAAAUCAUGGAAAGCAUUGACAUGAGUUCCGUAUAUCCUGAAAACAUAAACCAUGCAUUGGUUAAAGGAAUAGCCACUUGUGAAGAUAGGAAUUCCACAUGGAGAGCUACCAUGGAUGAUAAAUUCACUAUCGUGAGUAACUUUGGCAAGAAGCCCAACGUGUGCCUCUUUGGUUUAUUUGAUGGGCAUUAUGGUGCCUCGGCAGCCAAUUUGGCAUCAGUGGAACUUCCGCUUUUACUUCUCCAUCAAAUGUCCAUAUUUGAUCCCUCCUACCAAAUGACCCCUGAAGAGCAAAAAGUAAUCAACUCUUUUCAAACAGUGUUUAGUGAAGAAUACAUAAAAAUGGAAAACAAUUUCUCUUCUGCACAGAAAAGGACAAAACUCUUAUUCUCAAACUAUGAAAGCAUACACAAAGCCUUUGCAAAAGCAUAUUGGAGAAUGGAUAGGCUUUUACAUCUUGGAAGGAAAGAGGAGUCCAGAGUCCACUGGAGUGGCUGUUCUGCACUUACUUGUCUAUUGGAAGGCAAGAUCAAAGGUCGUUUUACCCACUGGAAAAGAAUCCUUGGUGGAGGUGGUUCGAUGGACAACACCCUGCUUAGGCAGAUGCCACCGUUAGUUUCUGGAGUACUCCACGUUGCAAACACUGGGAAUGUGCAAGGAGUUUUAUGCAGAAAUGGGAAGGGAUUUUGCUUAACCAAAGACCACACCACGCAAAAUGUACUGGAGAGAAGAAGAGUACUUCAGAUGGGCGCCACCAUUGAUGCCAAUGAACCCACGGGGCUCCUGGAAGGGCAAACAAAAACCACACGAGGACUUGGAUUUCAUGGAAAUUUCAAACUGAAAAAUUCCUUGAUUCCAGCCCCUCAAACGAUCUCAGUUCCUAUAGAUGACUUAUGCCAAUUCCUUAUCCUAGCGACUAAUGGACUUUGGGAAGUUCUGGAUGAAAAGGAAGUUAUUACAUUGACAAUGACAAUUCUUGACACAUAUAAGGAAAAUUACCUGACUGCACAAAACAAAAUUUCCUCAUGGAAACUCAGUGAAACAAGUAUUAUGGAACCAGAAAGCAGUAUCUACGUAUUGUAUCAAUUUAAGUCUUUUUCUAAAGAACUUGUGUCAGCAGUCACUUCAAAAGAAAAUUCUAAGAAUUUUGAGAAAUCCACUUGUAACCUUGAAAACUUAGAAACAUCUCUACCAAUAUCAACUAAGCAUAAACCUUUCACACGGAAAAGCACUCGUGAACAAGUCAGUGCACUUGGAGUGAAAAGAGAAUCAAAUAAAAUAACAGAAGCACAAAUUGAUAUGUUCUAUGAAAGUGCAGCUAAGUAUGUUAGCCAGGAGCUUGUAAAUGCUGCAUUAGCAGCUGGCUCCAGAGACAACAUUACAGUCAUGGUAAUACUUCUCAGUGGAAGCGAGUAUCAGCUUACAUAA